AUGCCCCCUUUUCCGCGCUUUCCCCCGUCCGCCUCCCCCCGCCUUCCCCACUCUUCCGCCACCUCCUCCCCGUCUCCCCGCUCCUCCCGCGCAGGUGUGCGCGCAGUUCAGCGAGUUCCAGCAGUGCCAGCUCCUCCUCGAGCAGGUCGUGUGCGCCACGGGGUGCAACCCGGCUAUUUUAAGAUAAUCAACGGGACGCGCGUCAUGCAGGUCUGCAACGCCUUCUCACAGACCGUCUACCAAACCUGCAAGGGACUCACGUUGCCUGGCGUCGCCACACUGGACAGGUUCUUCCCAACACCCGAGCGAUUCAUGGAGGACCUGUUUGGCAAGGUGGGCACCGCCUUUGGCGUCUACAACUUCACAGUCGCCGUCACGCCUGACGCCUCCGACCAGACCCAGUGCUACAACGGGCCCAAGAAACUGCCGCCCAUGCCCUUCUGCUGCGACCCUCUUCCCAUCCCCAUUGAGAAGUGCCCCGCUAAGGUUAUGAACUUCACCGAGUAUCCGAAUAUGAGGCAGUAUAUCAACCGGACGGUGACUGACAGGCAGUGCGAUAAGUUCAGGUGCAGCACCAACGGCGGCGAUGGCGGUGGCACAAGCAGCAAGCUGAAUGGGAUCACAUCUCCUACUGACUGUAUUCCUACAAGCAACACUGGUGGCAGCAGCAACACUAGUAGCAGCAGCAGUGGGAGCUCCUCGGCUGGUUCGAGUGGGGGGAAGGUCUCCCACCGCCUGCAUGCCACGGCUUACUUCGUUGCUGCGGCGGUGAUGCUGGCAGCGCUGGCACUGCUGUGA